UAUAAUUGAACGAUUCCCCAUCGUCGUGUUCCCGAAGCAAACUAUAUAAUAACCAAAAUAAGCUGCAUGGGCAGGCAAAUUUUCCUGUUAUAGCUAUGCCUGCGGUCCAACCCCAACCCAUUAAUAUUCCAUCGUUUGAUAAACUAAUUUAAUCACACUUUCCUAAGUUAAAAAGAGAGGAAAAGAGGAGACAAGCCAGCAGACGAGUUUUGUAAAUAAAUGCAGUCCACGGGUGUACCUGUCCGGAAAACAGAAGCCCUAACCAUCUCCGCCAUAAAGGUUUUGUGUCCUCCCUCUUCGUCGUCUUCUUCCUCCUCUAUUCUUGCAUGCUAAGUCUUCUUUGCUCCGAUCUCGCACCGAGCAUCACUGAAAAGCACAGGCGAGGCGUCGGAAAGAAGUCGGCGAGUGGACGGAGAGAGAGAGAAGUGAUAAAGAUUCGAGUAUGGAGCCGAACCGGAGCCGGAGCCGGAAUCCGAACCCCCCUCAAGGGCUAACCCCGGAGGAGCUCGCGGAGCUCGACUCCGUCAUCCGGACCUACCACAGGUUUGAGCCCUCGCCGAACACGUGCACGUCCCUCAUCACCCAGAAGAUCGAGGCCCCCGCCCGGCACGUCUGGCCCUUGGUCCGCGGCUUCGACAACCCGCAGCGGUACAAGCACUUCAUCAAGAGCUGCCACAUGCGGAGCGGCAGCGGCGGCGGCGACAGCGACGGCUCCGUGCGCGUCGGGUGCGUGAGGGAAGUCACGGUCGUGUCGGGCCUCCCGGCAUCGACGAGCACCGAGCGGCUCGAGAUCCUGGACGACGAGCGGCACGUCCUGAGCUUCCGGGUCGUCGGGGGCGAGCACCGGCUGAACAACUACCGGUCGGUGACGUCGGUGAACGAGUUCGAGAGGGAAGGGAAGGUGAACACGGUGGUGUUGGAGUCGUACGUCGUGGACAUUCCUGAGGGCAACACGGGCGAAGAUACUAAGAUGUUCGUCGACACCGUGAUAAAGCUGAAUCUCCAGAAGCUCGCGGUUGUAUCCAUGGCUUCUAUGCAUGGAGGGCACGGUUGAUAUUGCCGUCGACUACAUGUGGCUCGCGCCGACGAGACGGCGAAUUUAUUAGGUGAAAUUCUUGUCUAGACCCGAUUCCGCCCCAAGAUGAGGGGUCGAUCGCUAAUAGGGUUUUUCUUUUUCUCUUUUGUGAUCGGACGGCCGUGAUUAGUUUGGGUACAUGGUGUAUUGAGGUUUACUUGCUUCCAUGCGAAGUAUAAAUGUUUGCUUGAGAAGGAGAGACCUAAGUUAAGUAUGCUAGUAGCGAUCGAUGCUUUUCUUUUCUUGGAUUUCUAUGAGAUGUUGAAAGAUAGAACAUUUCUGCAAA